UGUUCAUUUCUCUUUGUUUCAGACCUAACACUGGGUUAUCAUACUUUGAAGAGGAGAAAACAGAUUUGAUGCAGAGAUACUCUAGAAUAGAUCAAGCUGAUGCAGAGAAAGGCUGGAAAGAACAGUAUGAAAUAACAAAGACAAGUUGUGUGCAUGGUUCUCAUUGUAAGAAUAGAGACUUCUGUAAAGUUGGAAGCCGAUGUUACAGUCUACAUCUGCUGUGUGGAAGUAUUGUAACUUUUAUGAAUAUUCUUGAAACUACCCUGAAUAGGAAUGCUACACAGUUAAAUCUCAGUAAAUCAGAAUCAUCACUAAGAGUUGUACCUGUGAAGUUGAACGAUGGUGAACGUGUUGUAGGAAUACGAUUCCCACAGCUCCUCAUUCCAGAGGUGGAGACAGCAUUAAAGGAACAGAGAUUUAUUGAGAAAGUUCAGCAGUCUCAACCACAAAUGUCCCAGUACUUAUCUUCAAGUCAAGGAGCUUAUAAUGGACUCUCCCAAACAUUCCUGAUGUCACAGAUUAUGAAUGGACAAUCUCCCAAUGCGCAUGGACUCUUCCAAGGAAGCCAGUUAUCUCAGCAAGUAAAUAGUACCCCUUCAUCACAAAAUGGACUAUCACAGUCUUCAGGAGUGACUCAGUUACUCAAUAAAAUCUGGAAAGUAGAUCCCUCGGAAGCACCGAGAACAAUGCAAACAGUGAAAAUUGCAGACUCGGUUUGAUCGAGUCUGUUCAUGAGCAGUAAUGGAAAAUGCUACACUGCCCACGCCCCCUAACACCGGCUUAAGCAGUAUUCAAACCCUUCUGAAAAUUUGGACCAAUCAACUUCUUCAGAACAAACUACUGUGCCAAAUGGAUCGAACUCAGAUACUCUGAAGACCAUAGUGCAGGAAGUUGCACCAGUUAAGUCUAAAUUUUUAACAAAAGCUCUGACACCUCCAGUAACUAUAAAAAAAACUUUUUCAAGCCAUCUGUUAAGUCCAAAGACCUAGUUGACCAAAAGUCUGCUAAGUGAUAAAGUUUCUUCAUACUUUAACAAUAUUUCUUCAAAGAAAAGACGUUUAGAUGAUAAAGCAAGUUCUCAGCCUAACAAAAGGCCAAAACAGGCCACACUGUUUUCAACAUUGAAGAAAAUGGCAACAAAAAAGGAAGAGGAAGAAAAUAAAUUAGCAACUUGCCCCAUCUGUAACAAAGUAUUUGAAAAGGGUAUUUCAAAUAUGGAUUUGAAAUCACACAUAGAUAACUGUAUUAUAGAAUAAUUUGGAUUUUGAAUUAGUAGACAAAAGUACAAUGCAGUGUUAGACUGAUCUGUAGCAGAGUCAUUGAGAAAUGUGUUUCAAAUGUGAAUCGAGUUUGUGUAUAGAGAACUGUAUUAUAGAAUAAUUAGACUGUGAUACAGGUUGUAAUGUUAACUUUACUUCUGUAGAACUUAGAUGAUCAAAGAUAUUGCAGAAAAAUAGAACAGUAAUACAGAUAUUGAUGCUUUGUACUUUUUGGUAUGCUGGUAUACACAAGCUUUCUGUGGAGUUGCAGUUCAAAAAAUGUUUAUUAGUACAUGUACAAAAAAAAAAUCAAAAGUACAACAAAAUACAGCU